AUGGAUGUGGCCAAUGCUGGGAUGCAUCUGCUGGGUGCCCGGAGGGCCCCAAUGAAUCAGGUUUGACAAGAAAAAAACUUUGUUACUCUUGGGGGUAAUGCUGUUGGAAAUGCUCGAAGUUAGACGCUCAGAUUUUCUUUAAAUUUCGGUCAUGGGUAAUGUCUCUGCCGCACACAAAUUCCUGGAAAUUUGAGCUCACUGCUAGCAGAGGCAGCCAAGAUAUUCAACGACCUUUGCUGACGAGAGAGUAGGCGAAAUACGGAGGGCGGUCAGAGAGGAAAACACUUUUUGGCCGUUCCUUUUUCAAUUUCGCACUGAAAAAAAAAAUAUUUUUUGUAGAAGUGUUGUCAUCUGCAAUAGAAAUGAAGCUGAAAAUUUUCAUUUCAAAAAUUCGAAAAAAAAUCCAAAUUUCCCAGAACUUUCAGACAAAAAAUCUCGAUUAUUACUGCAAAGUACCGACUAGCAAUCUCGGAUACGACUUUGAACGAAAUAAUCUAAAUUUUUUUCAAUUUUCAUCGAAAUCUUUAUGUCGCACUACGAGCACUUCCCCUGUAAAAAAAUAUUGGAAUCUUAAAGAAUAUCAGGCUGUCGGGAAAAUAAUGAGCACUCUGUCGCAUCGAAAAUCGCAAAAAAAGGAUCUUCUCGUGGCAAAAUCAAAUUGCUUUUCAUUUCAGCGAUGCAAUUGGCGCACCGAAAUUUCGCUCAUUAUUUUCCCGACGGACUGAUAUUUUGAUUUCUUCACUUUUUUCUGGCAAAGUUCCGUAUUUUACAUUUUUUUCAGGACGAAUUCGACACCAAAUUCAACUACCUAAAGUCCUCCAAAUAUCAUCGCUACUCCGAGGACGGCCCAGCUGCUGAUUUUUGCAUUUGUUGCCGACUAAAUGUCAGAUCGCCGCGUCGCGGGUUCUCCGCCAACGAACCAGUCAUCUACGAUCCGAAUUUAACCCCAUUAAGACAGCUACUAAACAUUCUCGAAACAUACAUACCAAUUUUCUAUUGGGUCCCCAAAUACGACCUAAAUAAGGAUUUUAUCGGAGAUCUGUACAGCGGAGUUUGUUUGGGACUGUUGAGUUUGGCGCAAGGUGAGUUGCAACGAUCUUUAUGGGAGGCUUUGAUUUUUAGGGCUGGCAUUUUCAUUUCUAUCCGGACUGCCGCCAGUUUGCGGACUGUAUACAACAGGAAUUGCGGCGUUUGUCUAUGUCAUCACUGGAACAUCACCGUUCAGCUUUUUGGGUAAGAUUUGGGAAGGCCAGCUGCUUUGAACAAAUGGAAAACUUGGUCAGAGCUUUACACUUUUUAAGGCUUUUUUGGGCUGUAGCUCGCAUCUUGACCUUUACAAGUUUGGCUGUAACGCGCAAAAUUUAUCUAAAUUCUGACUACGUUAGAGCAAAAAAAAAUUAUUAAAAAAUCGUUUGUUUCAGCGAGUGUAAGCCAAAAAUUACGCUGCGCUUUUAUCAAUAACCUUUUUUGGGCUGCCGCUCGCAUUAUGACUUUUUUCUACGCAAACGUCGAAAAUCGCUCCAGCGACUUUAUAGAACAUAAUAGUGUCAAAAAGUUUUGCACUGACCAAAAAAUCGGCACAGCAGUGCUCACUAUUUUUUCGACAGACUGAUACUAUAAAUUCCGAGUCCUCAUGAUUUCGCUUUUCCGAAUUUUGUCCGUGGCAUAGAGAUAGAGAGAAUGCAAUUACUCUUUGUUUCAGGUACAAAUGCAAUUAUCUGUUACUUCUUCCGCAAUGUUUUGGAGCGAUUUUCCACUCCGCAGGACUACAUUUAUCUGAUGGAUGAGAAAAGCGAGAUUUACAAGAAGCUCCUGGAUGGCAGUGAGCAAUUGGGAUAUGCAUCGGCUUUGACGUUGCUUACAGCUGGCUUUCAGGUAAAUAGAUCCAAUACGACAGCGACUACAAUGGAACCUUUGUACAACAAAUUCCCACAUAGUAAAACCUGCCUAUAACGGACGCUUUCAGCGGUCGUUAAAGUCAAUUUUAGGGCAAAAGAACCUUCGUGGAACAAAAUCCUUCUAUAGCAAACAAUUUUUCGGUCCUUCGUUAUGCCGAAAUAUAACUGUAUCCCAUAAAAAUACCCAUUUUCAGGCCGCAAUUUAUAUGUUUCGAGUGGAAUUUCUCUUCUCUUAUGUCUCCAAGCACGUCGUUGGAGGGAUUUGUUUCGGGACUGCAGUGAGAAUUGUCUUAAGUCAACUACAACAUAUCCUACAUGUCCGAGGAAAUCAAUGUGUCUCUGAGUUUUCGGCAACAGUAAGACUACCAAAUGUCAUCAAAUUUUUGGGUUUUCAGCUCUCUCUGAUCGCGUCAAAAACAAUGCCGCCCACUUUUACACAAUGCACAUUCUUGUCAGCAUACAAAUCGCUGCAUUCCAACAGGACACUAAAGGUGUUUCCGCUGCUGUUUGGAGAGGGCAACGGAGGUGCGAAUUUCACGGCACCGCCCGGAGUAAGUCGUGUUUUGUUGGCGUACUUGGGCUAAUUUUUUUUGGAGCGAGAUUUGAAUUGCAACGCUGACCUAUAGCGCAACUUUUUUAUGUCCCGCUAUAUAAGAUAAACAAGUUUUUAGUCUAAAAUUUGUAAAGAUCCACGAUUUUUUGGUAAGCGCUUGCGUUAAAAAUUUUAACUUGUUUUUUACCGGAGACGGCAACCUUUCUACAAAGAGGCGUUUUUGCUUUGACUCACAGGGGAAGUAUGUCAGCUACGACGCUCAGAUUUUGACGGAACUUGGCUAAAUUUACAUAAGUAUUUUUUAAGACAUAUAAUACGAGACUCGCGUUCUGCAGAAAGUCCAAGAUUUUUAGGUGGAAAGCUGGCCAAAAAAUUACAUUAUUUUUGCGAGUGUUGGCAUAGAAAGUUGCAUACCUCUUUCUGCCGAAGCGCAAAACUCUCUGAGGUACUGCUGAAAAAUGUUUUUUCUUUCUGACCGCUCUCUGCAUUUCGCGUACUCUCUCUGCAGCAAAGAUCGUUAAAUUUCUCGGCUACAUCUGCAAAGCGAGAGCUAAAAUUUUCAGGAUUUAAUAUAUGGUUUAUGCCCGAAGCGUGAACAAAAUUUUAAAAAAUGAAAGAGCUUUGAGCGUUGAAUAUUAUAGGAUAUUACUUUUUCAAUCACCCUUUUUUCAGUGCGUCCUCUCCGUCUGGGACUGUUUCCGGUUUCUGAACAUCUACACCCUGGCCUUUAGCGUCUGCUCAUUUUUGAUGUUGGUUUUUAUCCGCCAAAUUGUUGGCCCAAUCGUCCAAAACCACGUCAAUUUCCCAGUUCCGUUUGAAUUCGUUUUGGUAAGUCAAUUUUACCACAGCAAUUUCAUCAAGAAUUAUCCUCUAUUUUUAGAUGAUGAUAACAAGCUUCAUUGCCUACGGCUUUGAUAUGCAGUACAAUUACAAUGUAGAGGUUAUCAAGCAUUUUGGAACGGGAUGGAAUUUUGUUGGUUUGCCGUCGUAUCAGCAAUUUCAUGAUGUGUUCUACGAUGCGUUCGCGUUGGCAUUGCCCGUGUAUGCGAUGCACUAUUACGCGGCAAGUGAGAUGAGUCGGAUCUGCAAGUAUCGGAUGGAUAGUCGGCAGGUAGGAACUUUCAGUGUUUUUUUUUGUAAACUCUGUGUAGAAAAACCGUUUUUUUGUUAAAUUUGUCACAAAAUUAGUGAAAGGAUUACAGACAUCGCAAAAUUUUGGGUAAUUUUCAGAACUUUAGCGUUAUACGAUAUCAAUUUAUGAAAUUAAUGUUUCAAGAAAAGGGUCCCAAAUGCUAUAAUUUUCUGCAGACUUUGGAUACAGAAAGUGCAUAGACCGCAUAUUGAUUCUUAAAAGUCUUAGCUGGCGCUUUCCAGGUGCAGCCGAGAUAUUCAACAAGCUCUGUGGCCGAGAGAGAAUUCGGAACACAGAGCGGUCACAAAGAAAAAUACUUUUUGCCUAUUUUUUUUGAAAAUGUUUACAUAUUGGACUAAAAAUCUCAGUUGUUUCUGCAAAGCGCAAGCUAGGAGUCGCGAAUAUCCUUUAAUAAACGUCAUACGGAAGUUAUGUCACCUUUACCAAAGGCUUAGUAGCACUUGGAGAACUUUUCCUGUCAGGGAAUUUUCGACCUUCUGCCGAACUUCUAGAAUUCGCCAAUACUCGUUAGCUUCUUAAAAGUCAAAAUCAACUAUCUUCAGGAAUUAAUGGCGCUAAUUGUCUCCAGUGGAAUCGUCAGCUUGCUCGGCGGUCAUCCUCCAAGCCAGUCGAUAAAUCGCAAUCGAAUUGGGUUGGAUGCGGGCGCUUGCACUAUUGUAAGUCGCAUUAAGCGUCUGUCUACAGUUUUCUGAUAUAUCAAGGCUAUGAUUUUCAUGACAAUAAUGACGAUUUUUCUAGUUCACCAACAUUUUCAUUGUUUUCUUUAUCAUCCCCAUGGUAUUUUGGGCGAAAUAUUUGUUCGGCUUCAUUCCUGUGGUAAGUUCAAAGUUCUGCACAUAAAUCAGCACGUUUAGGAUGCAAUGCAACAGAACAAUGAUAUAAAUUUCAAAUUUCAGUGUGUUUUCUCGGCAAUCAUCGUCCAUAGCAUGGGCGAAUACCUCAAAGAGCCGAGGCAUUUCUCCCUUCUCUGGGCUGUCUCCAAACUUGAUGCGGUAGGUCUUUGCCUACUUUUCUUUGUGCUGUGAGGCCUUGAAGCCACUGGAUCUUCUAAAACAAGCUUGCAAAUGAUUUUAGAAGAUCCCAAGAGGGAAUUUUAUCAGUCUGUCGGGAAAAUAAUGUGGAUUAGUCGCGCCUUGGAAUCAACUGUCACCGCUUUGUGACGGCUAGCCGCGGCUGACUAUGAGGAUUUGUUGUGUGACUUCUACAGGGCGAGUUUACCGCGACAAAUCCACAUUAUUUUCCCGACCGAAGGGUAUAACGAGCUCUCUCGAAGCGGAACUCUUCUAUUCACAACUACUAGAGGUGCAAAUCGGGCCAGGCCAAAAAUCCCGGCCCGAUUGCCAUUUCUAUAAUAUUUACAACACAUACAGUCAAACCAUGUACAAUAAGUUUCAAAAAACCAGAAAAAUUAUUUGUGAUGGAAGGGUUUCGCUGUAUGUAUAAUAGAUUCAUCUUCUUCCAAAACUGACUUUUGGCGCCUAUCAGUCUGUCGGGAAAAUAAUGAGCAAAAUUUUGCAACGACGAUUGUGUCGCUGAAGUGAAAAUUAAUUUGAUUUUGCCGCGACACAAUUCAUUUCGUCGAUGAUUUUCGAUGCGACAAAGUCCCCAUUAUUUUCCCGACAGAUUGCUGUGAAGUUAUUUGCAUUGCCAUACGGAGAUUCAUAAUUUUUUUGCUUUUUACAAUUCGCUUUCUCGAGCAUGUAAAUAUCAAAAUUUUGUGCUCAUCAUCAGAUCAAAUUUACUGUAUUUCCAGUGUACCUUUCUGUUUUCAUCGCUCAGCGCAAUCUUUUGCCGAAGUUGUUCGGACGCGCUGAUUUAUUCGACUGGAUUUGGACUACUCACUAUUAUUUUUAGAGCUCAAUGGUAAUCUUUAUAUCAAAACCAAGCCAUAUAUUUUGUAAAAUACGUUGUUUUGAUUUUUACAGUCAUCUAAGAAGUGACAAAUCAAAAAAAAAAAUACAAAAAAACUUAAGAAGAAUAGCUCUUUUCAGGCCAAAAUUCCAGCACCUGGUCAACGUGACCGGCUCCGGGACCUACUACGCCGAGCGGAAUUGCUAUGGCUCGGAUCUGCUGGAAGAAUCGGGCGUUGCGAUUGUCCGUUUCGAAGCCGCAUUACUCUUUCAUAAUGUUCAACAGUUCCGGAGAGACAUUGCUUUCGCCUGCUCUCAGAUCAAAGGGUAUAACUUUGAAUCAAAAUAUAUAACACAACAAUUAAUCUCGCUUGCAGUCUUUUGUCUCACCACGAAAAUGGAAAGGAGUUUGGCAUUCUGCAAAAUAAAAGAAUUUCCAAAGAAUAUUUUUUUUAUAAAAACCAUUUUCUCGCCUUCCAAGUCCCGUUUCCUAGCCAAAAGUUCCUUUAGCCGUCGGCAAGUUGCCAAAUGACAUGGGUAUGAACCACCAAAGUCUUAAUUAUUACAUAAAGACACUAUAAUUGAUAAAAUAUAUAAAUCUUCAUGACUUUUUUAUAUUUAUUUUUCCCAUUUGCAGAAUGCCAAAAAGUGCCAAAAAGCCGGGAACUGAUUUUUGUUAUGGGGAAAGAUUGAUGUAUAACUCCUCAGCCGAGUAGUAAAUGUGCCGCGAUUUUUUGCAUACUGUUUGAUAAGAAUGUGUCAAUGUUGACUUCCAAGUUUCAUGCGAUUUUUCGUUAUUAUAAGUCGGUUAGACCACGGUAAAGAUUGCAAUUGUUGAAUACUUAAGGUGGCUAUAUCUUGCAAACGGUAAAAACUGCAAAAAUUAUUUUAGGUGGUGCAGAUAGAGUUCUAUUCCCUCCUUCUUAUUUACUAUUCAUCCAAUCACCCGAUGUCCUCAAAAGUGAGAGGCGAUAAUAUUUGUUGGACCGUGUUUUUGUAACGAAGUGUUCAAAAAUUUCAAUCAAUAAUUGAGACGAUUAGCUAAAAAAGCGCUUUUCAAUUGGGAUUAAUUGUUGUGUAACGUUUACGGAAAACAAAGAUGAUUUUUGCUGUUUUUAGCCAACUUCUCGGCCCCGGAAUUGGCACUCGAACCGGCAGCAUGAAGAGCAAUAAUGCGCUGUCGGUGAAGGACGUUCAAAUGAGGUCGACGUUGCUGAUCAGUGGGGAUGUUGUUGUGAGUUUUGAUGAAAUUAUUUUGGCAACGGAGGGUCCUAAAUGCGACGCUCAGAUUUUUUAAUCACAUCAGCGACAUUGUGUCGAUUAUUUUUUAACGACAGACUGAUAUCUCAAAAAACUCAUCGUUAGGAUCAGAGAUUGCCACGGCUCCGGAGCCGGCUCUUGGCUCCGGCUCUGAGCGGCUCCGGCUCCGAGCCGCGAGCCAGAGCCGGAGCCGGAAAUUUUGGAUGCGGCUCCGGCUCCUGACCCCAAAGUCGGAGCCAGGCUUCACAGCGUUCAGAAAAGUAAAAAUUUCGUGAUCUUGUUAAACCAAUUUGCUUGAAAAAUACUGGGAAGAAUGUGUUGCAUACGACUUGGCUGCAAAAACGUUGGCUGUUUGACCAGAGGGCACUAAUAACUUUUAUUUUCGAAAAAAUAUUUUAAAAAGAAAUUUUGCAUAGGAGCCGGGAUUCGGGGCCGGAGACCUUUUUAAAUUUUGCACGGAGCCGGAGCCGCAGCUGCAAAUUCGGCCUUGGAUCCGGCUCUGGGAGCUAAAAGCCGGAGCCGGAGUCAAAAUUUUGACCGUGCAAUCUCUGGUUAGGAUGACCUAUUCACAUUAGCUUACAGGGGAAAGGUCCUAAAUGUGACGCUCAGAUUUUGAUGAAAUUUGGCACAGAUUUAGAUUAAUAUUUUCUAACAAAAAGAAGAGAGACUUAUGCAAGAUUUGAAGCCAUCAUUUUGCAGAAACGACUGAGAUUUUUAGGCCAAGAGAUGGUAAAAAUGGAAACGUUUUUUUUUCGAAUUUUGGCAUAAAAAGUUAGGAAAGAGUUCCCCAGAUUCGCCACAACCUCAAAAAAAAAUGAAAAUUCAGCGCCAACUGCACAGAGGAAACAAAAAUAGAAGCCUGAGCCUAGGUACUAAUCUAAGCCUAGGCUAACAGGGAAAGUUCUCCAAGUGCGACACUCAGAUUUUGAUGAAACUUGGCACGGAUUUAGGACAAUUUUUUCUAAAAUACAUGCGAGAAUCCUAGCUCGCGCUUUGCAGAAACAAACAAGAUUUUUAGGUCGAAAUUUGGAUAUAACGUGACACUUUUUUGCGAAUUUUGGCGCGAAAAGUUUUAUAGCCGUUUUUACUGUAGAGGGUAAUGUUUCCACAUAAAAUCAAUUUUUUCCGCCCAAAACUGGCAAAGAUUUGGCCAAAAAGAGUUUUUCUCUGACCGCCCUCCCUUUUUCGUGCGCUCUCUCGGCCACGAAUAGUAUCAUACCUAUUUCCACUCUAAAGGGUUAUAUUUCUACAAAAAACCAAUUUUUCCCCGCGCAAAAUUGGCAAAGAUACGGCCCAAAAGGCGCUUCUCUCUGACCGCUCUCCUUGUUUUGUGUGCUUUCUCGGCCGCCAAAUAUUGUUGAAUAUCUCGGCUGCGCUUGCAAAACAUGAGCUAAAAUUUUCAGGAAUUUAUACGUGGUCUAUACCCAAUUUAUCUGCAAAAUUCAAAGACUCUCUAUGCGUCGCAGUUGAAACCCGAUUAUUUUUUUCUUUAUUAACCUAAACCUUGCUUUUCAGCCAAAUUUCGACGCUCCAGGCACUUCAAUGCAAAAAGUCUGCAUUAUCGACUUCUCAUCGGUGCCGACGAUCGACACCGCCGGCUUGGAAGCCAUGCGCGACGUUUUUGAGCAAAUGGCCGAACAAAAAGUUCGCAUCCUUUAUGCGGCGGUAAACGCGACAAUUCGGCAUCGUUUCAAGAUGUGCGAAGGCUUCGAGGUCGUCCCAAAACAUUACUUUUUCCCGUCCGUUCAUGAUGCUGUUCUUUGCGCCCAACAAAUGGGGGGAAUUGUGGCACCAAGUGUUCAUAUGAGGUGAGGAGAAAAAAUAGGAAAUUUUUGCUUGGAAAAAUCGAAAUUUUAGAGUGAAAAUUUUGGAAAAAUCUUGGGAAAAUCAUGAUCCAGCAAUUUGAAGGCAAAUUUUAGGAGUUUCAGUCAAAAUUCAGCCGGUUUUUUAAAUGUUUAUGAAAAAAAAUCACACAAAAUUUUUAGAAAAAGUUAAAAAAAUGUAUUUUUUGAUUUCCAAAAUGUCCCAAGAAUAUUUAUAAGCCCUUUUUAAACAAAAUUGGACUUGUUCAAGUAUUACUUGACCAAAAAAACGUCAAAAAUGUGUUUUUCAAGUUCCAAAAUGACCUAAAAAUAUUUUUUUUGACCAAAACCGGACUUAUUGUAGUAUAUUUUUACCAAUUUUAGUCUUCCUCUUUCAAAUAGUAGUCUCAAAAGCGCAUAAAAUCUCUUUUUCUUCUCUCCUCUCUGCCCUUUGCUCGCCCGAAAAAACGAAAGAGCUUUUCCCGCCGAAUGCGAACAGCGGUUCCAUGGUGUAGCGGUUAGCACUCAGGACUUUGAAUCCUGCGACCCGAGUUCGAAUCUCGGUGGGACCUAAGCGUAAACUUUUUGUUUUUUUUUAUAAAUUUAAGGGUGUAAUAGUGUAAAUUAUUGUAUAAUUUUAAUUUUUACAUCUUGGUUAGUAAAUUUACUUGGCUUUGAAGUAGGAAAACAAGAUUUUUUGAGCAAAAACGGUUAAAAAAUUGCAUUUUUAGUGUGUCAAUGAAUGGCUAUCGAGAUUUGAUCGCGUUAUCGAGUGCCACAUCUCAUCACGACAUGCUCAAUCGAUCUCCCCAACCGCAGCAGCAGGACAAUCCAAAUGCGGACAAUUUGUCCGCAGGAACUCGGAACUCUUUCUCGGAACAGCGAAUUACACCGCCAUUAACUUUGAAAUUAUAA